AGAAACAGUGUUUUUUUCUCUCGCUAGUCACAUCUUUUCAGUGACGUUUUCAAGCACGUUGCAUAGAGAAAGUUUGUUUAAAAUAUGUGUGUUGUAAGGCCAGAAUCUGAAUGGGUGAUGACACGGCUAGGCCAGUCAGUGCUUGGCUAUAGACAUCAUACUGCACAAGGCUUUACAAGACCAUAGCCCUAGAACAGUUCGAACGGGGGAGGGUAGAUUAGAGAAGAUGCAAAAUUUGUUCGAGGAAAACGAAAGUACGCCACUGCGACCUAAUGUAACUGAUCAUUUAUCUGAUUUCGAUAUAAUUCGUGAAUUUUCAUAUUUAGUUUGGUGAUUUCCGAUUGUUGUGUUGCUCUGUAGCGUUCAUCCGGUGAAGAGAGUUCAUAUUUGUGUUAUUGUACAGCCAGUGCCGAACUGUUAUGUGUCAAUAAGUUUUAAGGUGGACGCAGCUGGGGAUGAGAGGGCCCUGGCAUUCGAGCUGGGUAUCAGAGGUCAUCAUCAUCGCAUGACAAAGCCUGACUGACAGAUUCAUCUUCAUCUUUCAGAUACAGCUUUUCCAUAGUCUGUGCCUAAGCUUGGCAGCGCCAUGAAAGGUGGAGGAAGGGGUAAGGAGCCUCCUGUGGAGGUGGAGGUGAGCGGCAAGCGGCCCAAGCGCAAGUGUCUACAAUGGCACCCGCUACUCUCCAAGAAGGCCCUGGACUUCUCGGAGGAGGAAGAGGAGGAGGACGAAGAAGAACUGGAGAAGCCAUUGCUGGUCAGGGAGAGCCGGGGGCCGGAGGUGGCAUGCGGGGGGCCCAUGGAGGUGGAGGAGGACUCUUCAGAGCAGCGGGCCCGCCGACCCAUGAACGCCUUCCUGCUUUUCUGCAAGCGCCACCGUUCACUGGUGAGGCAGGAGCACCCUCGGCUGGACAACCGUGGUGCCACCAAGAUCCUGGCUGACUGGUGGGCUGUGCUGGAGCCCAAAGAGAAACAGAAGUACACGGACAUGGCCAAGGAGUACAAGGAUGCCUUCAUGAAGGCUAACCCAGGCUACAAGUGGUGCCCCACCACUAACAAGCCAGUCAAGAGCCCCUGCCACACUGUCAGCAACGCACGCAAAAAAGUGUGGUCUUUCCCUUCCAACUCCCCUAAGGGCUGUGCCACUGCCAAGAAAGUGCCCAAGACUGACAGCACACCACAGCUUAAUUUCGCCAUGGCAGAUCCCACAAAGAUGGGUGGCCUAAGCAUGCUACUGUUGGCUGGGGAGCAUGCCCUUACUGCCAGAGAGAUUUCAUCCAGUUCUUCAAAGUCUGGAGCCACAGAUGUCACUAAGCACCCUGAGAACUCCUCCCUAUUCCAACUUGCUGAGCUCUCCUCCAGCACGCUUCAGCCCAGUUUAACGGACACAGCUGGCAAGGGGAAGCCCUUGAGUCGGGGGGACCAAGCAGAAACGUGGUCUGGCACCUCACAACAGGGAAAAUCUGACGCACCCAAGAUCAACGUCAAGGCCCCUCUUUUUCAACUGGCAGAGCAGAUCUCCUCUGAUUCAAGCCAGUCGACUGCACCGGAGGGAAAGCAGUGUAGCCAGUCGGCUCUCUUCCAGCUCGCUGAGAUGUGUUUGGCCUCCGAGGCAGGGAAGAUGGAGACACAGGACGAUACCUGUGCCCCACACAUCAAAACUGAGACGGUGGUCAAGGAGGACACUGGGGGCAACAUCACCGAUUUUCCUCUUUCCUCUCCCCCAUCUUCCUCCACUUCUUCCUCCUCCACGCCCACCAAUGCCAGUCCCCCGCUGCUCAGCGGCCAAGCGGCCAGCGUCAAAAAGAAGAAGAAGAAGAAGAAGAAGCAAGAAGCUACUGCCAGAGAGCCACCCAAAGCGGUGGACAAAGACAAGAUCCCUCGUCCGGGCUCGCCCAAAAAGACCCUCAAAAAGCGACCAUCGUCUGAGUCUGAGUUGGAGAGCCUCCUCUACACUAUCGAGGCAGUGGCUAAAGGUGCCUGGGGCGACGCCGAGGAGGAUAUACCCAAGAAGAAGGCUAGCACCGCCGUCAUUACCAUUCCAAGAGAGCCCAGCUCACCCAAAAAGAAGUCCAAAGCCAAGAGGCCCCUGAAGGCUAAGGAAGAGGAUGAGAUGGAGGAGGACAAAGAGGAUGGAAGUCGCACAGAGCUGCCAUCGACAGUGGAGACGGCAGCGAAUCUAGCAAGCCCCAAGACAGAGGCUGAGGAGGCCAGCAUCGGCAGCAGCCCCGCAGGCACGGAGAAGCCCACUGCCCCUCCCAGCCCCCCGCACAAAGUCGAGGAGAAGCAGAGGGAAGCGGAGGCCAACGCUGAAGGGUGUGGCUCCAGGAAGUCUGAGAGAAGCUGCAAGGGGGCGCUGUACAAGACCCUGGUGUCGGAAGGGAUGCUGACCUCACUGAGGGCCAACGUGGACAGAGGCAAAAGAGGCUCUUUUCGAAGUGGAUCUGAUGAAGGGGGCUGGACUGACGAGACCUGGGCUUUCUCACAGAUGGGACCCACUAAUCCCAAGAAGCUAAAGAAGUCAAAAUCCAAAGACGAGACGGCGCCAGGUUUGGGGAAACUGGAGGAGGAGUUUGAGAAGAAGUUCAACAGCCUGCCGCAGUACAGCCCUCUGACGUUCGACAAGAAAAGCACCAUCGUCACCAAGAAGAAAAAAACAGACGUUAGCACCGCACCGGAGGAACAACCUUCAAAACCUGCCAAGGGUCCAUCUUCAUCUCAGAAAAAGACUUUAUUCCACAAGAUUGUUAGCAAGUACAAGCAGAAAAAGGAGAAACCCAAUACUGUGGACAAAGACAUAGCGAUGCAUAGUGACUCCCCCAUGUCAGACUCUGCUGCCAAGGCCAAGCAGACCCCCGCCCCAUGUGCCACCGCCACGCUUUCCCCAGAGGCCAUGGGAACUAGCGCUAGCAUACCGGUGGGCAGCCAGAAGAGGAAGGCUAGGAAGAGCAAAAUAACCCACCUGGUGCGCUCGGCCGACGGCAGGGUGUCCCCAGCAGAGGAGGACAAAGUCAGGGACCUGACCCCGGAGCAGGACGACAAGCCAUUACAACGAGAGACUUUAUGCAACGAAACAGGGUGCUACAGUGCACCCAAGCAGGAGGAAGCAGAUAGAAGCAGUGCACCCGAAGUCCUGCCCGCCUUCUUUAGCCUGUCUGCCCUUGCCGAGGUGGCAGCCAUGGAGAACAUUCACAGAGGCCAGCGUGUGAUUGGCGACAGCCAGAAGGAAAUGGCCCAGACCCCUGUCCUCAUCUCCUGCGCUGAUCAAUGAAGUGGAUCAGCCACCCUCCUGCCUCCAGCAAAACGAAAUGGACGCUUGCGUGUUGUGUGCGUUUUAACUUUUAACCUCCGACUCCUCAUCCUGUUCUGGAAGGAAGGAGAUGGAACGUGACUUGUGGAUGGAUCCCUCUGUGGUGAAUUAGCUAGAGCUCUGGUCUGAGGGGAAAAGCGGGGUAAGAACCCCCCCCCCCCCCCCUCCCUUCCACUCACCUUCUAAGUAUUCUCCUGAACCCUUCCCUUGGCAGUAGGAUGUCGCCUCCCUCCUCUUCCUGUACGGUCCUACCUACUUAGAGUACCCUGAGGAAGGCAGGUUGUGUUCACAUUAAUGUGUAAUCUUUGUCCGAUAUUACGCCAUUUUAAGGUCAAGUUUUGCGAACAAAAAUUGCAUUUCAAAAAAAAGAAAGGAAACCUACACACGGUCAGCUUGACCACUUGUAAGAGAACAUCUUCCCCCUUUCACACACUGUUGCAAAGUCCCCUCCACCUAGCAUACCUCAAUGUAGGGAUGAGUCGAAUCUUGUGGCUUCCUGCACACCUUCCUGCUUGAACAAAUUGACACAGCUUGGUAGAUAGUCCUUUGUGAUUUAUUUCAUGUGGCACCCUCAUUUUGAUUUGCCUAUUUAGUGUGGUCUAGAGAUAAAGCAGACCUCUUAACCUUCCACACCAUGGUCAAGUAUUCCAUAUUACUCCAUCCCUUGCCUUCCCACCAGCCUAGCAACUGCUACUACGGUGAUCUUUUUAACCUUCAUUGUCAGUUUGAACUCAACACAUUGAGGCUCUUGCAUUUGAACUUAAGUUAACGUUUAAGCUUAGAUGGGAGGCCUUUGGUUAGCAUGUUGUAAGUCUGAACCUGCCUGUUUUACCAGGCAGUUGGUCCCCUACAGUGGGGCUCAAUUUGAUAAGAAGCAAAGUUACUGACAGUAUGGACGGUUCUCCAUGGCCUUAACUCUCUCAUUACGACGUUGGCCGUACCUCAACCACUGCCAUCCCAUCCACCGCGCAACCAUUCACAUGAAUCUUACAUCCGUUUGAAUAUACUUGAAUGAUGAAAAUGCAUUUUGUGUCAAUACUUGAUCUUAUCGCAGUCUGCGUAGCAUCUACAAGGCUAAUCCAAAUGUGUGCUACUAGUUUCCUAAGAUAGUUUUUUAACAAAGAACACUGCACUAACGUAGGAGGCGCUUUUAAGAUGUAACUUUUUCUCAGUAGGGCAAUGUGUUUUCCCUGGUCUCGUUUUGUUUUUCCUACUAGCCUUUGAGAUUUUCUUAUGCCAAGUAACGGUCCACUCUUAGGCAAUGAGAAUAAUUAAGGUUUUGCUUUUGAACGUAUGUUUUUCAGUAACAAGACAAUUGCUUUUAAUGCUUUGUUUGUUUCUUUUUUUAUUUAGUUAAAAAUUUCGUUUUUUUUGUAUGUUCUAACCGAGGUAGAACAGGCUAGCAUCCAUUCCAUAUCCAAAUAGCUGAUCCUUGUGUCCAUUCUUCUGUUUACAGUGUGUGAGCUGUAGUAGGGUUGGGGGACUCUUGACGUCUGCACUGGGUGUAAGCUAAUCAGAUGGAAAAAGCUGUCUCAGGCUUACACAAGUAGUGCAAGCCAGUUCCAAGGUUGAAGAGUCCCCAAUGAUAUGUCCUCCAUGAAAUUAUCAUUAUGCUAUAUUAUUAUGACUCUUUUGUUUCUAAGUUGACCAAUGCUCUUUUUCUUAGGUCUUACAUUCAGCCAUGCUUCUUCUCUCGCUGUUGCUUUUUCUUUAAGUUUAUUGCUCUUUUUAUAUUAGAUUCUUCUCCUUCACGUAAGUGUAUUAUGAUGCUGUUGAACUAGAUUUUUUUAUUUUUUUUAUUUUAUCUUGUGUUCCCAACCUCGGUUUUCUUUUCCUGAGGCCUAGUUUACUGGAUUAAGACUGUUGUCAAAAAAGCUCAUACACAAAAUAAUGCAUCAAUGCUUACUGUACCUGUUAAGCAAAUGAGCACUGAGAUGAGAUGCACUGCUUCUAGAAGGGUAGUUUCCACCUGUAGUUUCCAGAGUUUGUGUUCUUAAAGCAACUGCAUUGCCAUUUCUGGGCUACGUCUGAAUGAUGUGUGCCGUCAGGGCACAACAUGAACUAUUUAAAAAGGCUAUUAGCUCAACCCUAUUAUUGUCCAAUGGUGGUACUUAGUUUUAGCCAUGGGAUUAUAAUGCCACAAAGUAGAAUAUAUUGAAACUAUAUUAAAUAUAUCCUUACAAGUCAGGAUUGGACUGACUUGUAGGGAUACGAGCAAUGCUGUAUUAGUUUAUUUAUCCCUAAAAGCGGGCAAAUGGACUGUAAACAAGCAGACCUAAAUCAGGACUUUCAAACUCCCAAGCUUGAAGGAAAGCUUUAAAACAAACAUUUAAGACUUAAAUAUACUGUAUAUAUUUUCCAGGUUUAAGAGAAAAUAAAUUGAAGGGUGACUAAAGUCGUCCAAGCAGUAAACUACGCAGUUCUUCCACUGAUAGACAGCAGUGUUGUUCUUUCACACAAAUGAAGCAAUUGUCUUCCCCAAAAAGAGCGACAAUGUACAUGCUUGUAACUAGUGGUUUUGAGACAUUUGCCAAAGAAAAGGGAAAGUUGUCUUUUAAAUGAAAAUUCUGUUGAAAACUAAGCUUAGCAUAGCAGUUGCACUGCAUUUUCUUGGUGUAUAGAUCUUCAGGUAACAAAUGUAUUAUAUCAGCACAACUAAUCCUAUAUAUCUGAUGGGUUUCCUAAGACUAAAACCCCAAGUGGGAAUGGUGUACAUUGUACUGGCACCUUUUUCAAUGCCUCUUUUAAUAGACAAUAUUUGCACCUUAUGAUCCAAACCAAAAUGAUAUCAUGAUGAUCUUUAAAAAUGUAAUAUCAUUAAGUGAAAUUAAAAGAUUACACAGGUAUUUAUGUCCAUCUUAUGACAUUAUGCAUUGAAGUAUUUUGAUCUAAUUUGAGCAUUUUAGAAUCAAGUCGGUAACCAACCCCACACAUCUUCAAAAACAGCCAUAAUAUAUCACCCUCAACCUUUUCUAUUUAGAAAAUGCCUCUAUAAAAUUCCUAUAUUAUUAGUUAUUGAAAUGACUAUAGACUAUAUCCUUUUGUGCUAGUACUGUCUCUUGAAUGUAAUCGAUUUUGUACAUGUAUUUUUCUAAUUCAAUUUAGGUCUUGACUCUACUGUGUAUGUAUGCGAUGGUGGACUGUUUCCACAGGUGAAUAGUUUGUUACAACCUAUGGUCCUCAUGACGAUUCAGCUGCUGUGCUGGGAACUCUGUGGAGGUGUGUGGAGUUGUAAGUCAUUGUGACUUACCUGCCAACGUCUGUUAAAGUUAUAUAUGAGAGAGAUUUUCUUUUUGUUUGUAAGGGACCGUGUCACCCCGGACGGAAUUAUUUGUUUCUUCUCUGCAGUUCAAUGAGGCUCUCACUUCAGGAAAGGGUGAAACCAGGGACACUCAUGCAAUUACAAAGAACAAUUGCCAAACCCUCUGUAUUCAAGCUUAUUUAUUACAAUUUCUUUUUUAUAGCUGUUCAUUUAGUUACAAAAAUAGAAAAACUGAAUAUGCACCCAGAUUUAAAAAAAAAAAAAAAACUUUCUCCCUUUACAGGAAUGUAGAUCACGGCUUCCCUUUUGUUCUUCUGAAGAGAUGACGCCAGAUCUUAAGUAUGUUUCCUCUGAUAGCUUGUAUAAUGUGUGCUCAAUCUUAUUUAUGUUAAUAGUACUGUAUCAUGACAUGUAUGGACUUGAUUGUUACAGCCCAGUUGUUCAAUGCAGCCUUGCCUUACUGGAGCCCCUGCUUAGUGAGGGAUCCCUUAGCCAUCGCCCUCAGCCCCUUUCACUGAGUCAUGUCAUAACACUGUCUGCCGACGCAACUAUUAUUCCUUGAACACCUAUUAAAGUAACCUAUAUUAAA